CGUGCGCGCCUCCGGGCAAGGGGCGAGGGCGAUUGGGCGCGCGGGGCGGGGGCGGGGCUUGGCCGGGGAGCGGCGCGUGCGCGGAGCGGCGGGAAGAUGGUGCUGAUCAAGGAGUUCCGAGUGGUUUUACCUUGCUCAGUGCAAGAGUAUCAAGUUGGGCAACUUUAUUCUGUGGCAGAAGCUAGCAAAAACGAAACAGGAGGUGGGGAAGGAAUUCAGGUCUUAAAAAACGAGCCUUAUGAACAGGAUGGCGAGAAGGGACAAUAUACUCACAAAAUCUAUCAUUUAAAGAGUAAAGUCCCUGGGUUUGUAAGGAUGAUUGCCCCAGAAGGCUCCCUGGUGUUCCACGAGAAGGCCUGGAAUGCAUAUCCCUACUGUAGAACAAUUGUGACAAAUGAAUACAUGAAAGAUGACUUCUUCAUAAAAAUUGAGACCUGGCAUAAACCAGAUUUGGGAACAACAGAGAACGUGCACAAUUUAGAUCCAAACACAUGGAAGAGCGUUGAGGUUGUCCAUAUUGACAUUGCAGAUAGAACUCAAGUAGAACCAGGAGACUACAAAGCUGAUGAAGAUCCUGCAUUAUUCCAGUCAGUUAAGACAAAGAGAGGACCUCUGGGCCCAAACUGGAAGAAAGAGUUAGCCACUGAUGAGGAGUGUCCCAAAAUGUGUGCUUAUAAAUUGGUGACCAUCAAAUUUAAGUGGUGGGGACUGCAAAACAAAGUUGAAAACUUUAUACAAAAGCAAGAAAAAAGGAUAUUUACCAACUUCCACCGCCAGCUGUUCUGUUGGAUUGACAAGUGGAUUGAGCUGACCAUGGAGGACAUCAGGAGAAUGGAGGAUGAAACCCAGAAGGAGCUGGAAGCGCUGCGUAACCAAGGCCAAGUGAGAGGAACGAGUGCUGCCAAUGACGAGUGACGCCGGACGGACGCCGAUGCCGGAUCUUGGCUGUGUGUGUGGGUGCAUGACUCUGUAUAUAACUACACACACACAUGCAGACAGAAGGGGUGGUUACAGUCUCUCUGGGUGCUAUACCUAUCCUAGCAAAGAUUCCAAGGAAACUGCUUUCAUUAUGUAUACCCCAAGCAAAUAAAAAAAAUCAACUGAGUAGUGUCAUUUAAA